AUGCUAACCACUGCACCACGCGGAUUCGUUGCGGACAAACUACGCACCCAACAGGAGCUCGAGCGACUGCAAGCCAAGUAUAUCGGCACUGGUCACCCAGACACGACAUCAUGGGAAUGGCGAACGAACGUCGCGCGCGACACAUACUCGAGCCUCGUCGGCCAUCCUUCCCAAUUAGCCUAUAUCUCACUCGCUCAAAACGAACCCGCUGCCAAAGUUCGAGCUCAGUUACUACGUAAGAUGAUACAGCCGUGUGGUCCACCGCCUCCUCGUGAAGGCGAGGAGCCUAUCCGGGAUCAUAAUCAAUAA